AUGGCAGGGUGGCGGGGCAGGACAGUGGCGUCCAUGGGAGGGAACGUGCUGCUGCUGCUGCUCAUUCUCGUGCAGAGGAGGCAGGAAGAGGGGGCAGAUGAACCCACAACCCUCCUCAGGAAGCAGCAUGCGCACGAGCUAUUGCAGGACGGCUCGAGCUCGCGCACGGUCCCCCUCACGCAGAUCGAAGCGAUCCUUCGGAAUGCCGCGAGGAAGGCGGGGGAGUUCGAUAGGAGGACGGCAGGCCAGGGGAAGGAUGAUGAUGCAGUAGGCUAUCUGAAGGCUGCAGCACACCAUCCUGCGAAGCAACAUCACACCAACAACCACAAGAAGCUUGUAGUUCUCCAUGCCCGGCAGGCUGCUGAGGCGGAGCACAAAGCCAGGCAGAACGCGUUCAAGGAGAUGAAGCGCCAAGCGCUUUCCGGAGUGCAUGCUGAGAUCCAGUUCAACUGGCAGGGAGUUGCCUUCGGACAGCCGACGCCGCGUCUUGCCAAUGAGACCGACAGCGAGGAGGCUGAGGAGCCCGAGCCUGCUCGGGAGGAGAACGCUCCCCCGAACGUGAUGCGCUUCACCGGAUCAGACUGCACGCCAGCCGUUGUGAUCGGCAAGGGAGGAGUGGCGCCAUGGGAGGACACCUUCCCCAAGGGCCCUCUGAACCAGAUCACUGUGGAGGCAUGGGUAAAGGACUGUGAGCUGCAGGACUUCGGGGGCUACCUAGGGGUCAUCGACGUUACCAACAAGCCCAACGAGCCAGGAUCCAACGGAGUCUGGUGGGACCUGGCUGGAGGAGAGGACCCUGACUCGCUCGAUGCCGGUUUCGUGCUGGGCUCGUACAAGAAGAAGUUCAGCUGGGGGGUGGCGUCAGAGGGGACGGGUAGGAUCUCUUACUUGCAAGCGCCGACGUGGCUGUCUCGCCCUAACCAGUGCGAGUGGGUUCAUCUUGCUGGGACAUACGACGGGGCGACGAUGCUGCUCUAUGUCGAUGGGCUGCUGACUCACUGUCAGGUGGUCCAGAGUGGGCCCGUCGCCAUGCCAGCCAACCCGGUGAUGCUCGUCGGGGGAUACUCGACGGCUCCUCCCCUCAAGGGGGCGAAUCCUUCGACCCUGACGGGGCUACUGGACGAGGUUCGAGUGUGGACCAUCGCGAGGACUGGCGCCGACAUCGCAAGCUUCAUGCACGACACCCUCAUCACCCCUAUGGACCAGCUGGCCAUUUACUUCCGAUUCGACGGGCAGUCUGAACACAAGAGCCCCAAGAUUUGCUCCGAGGUCAACGGUGUGAAGGCGUACAAGGGCUGCGACUCUGACGUGGCGGAGAUAGCCUCCCCCGUCUCGCAGACUGGCCCACCUAUGGGUUGUGGCCCCGCUGCCCCCCCCGGCGACAGGACGCUGCUGAACCCAGACUACUUCCACACGACCUUCAACCCGUCGAUGGGAAGCUUUUUGAGGGAAAACCUCGAGGACUGCGGGCCCGACCACAACUCAUGUGACGGAGGGGCGUACACGGACCCUGACUACAAUCGAGCUGGUUUCUACUGA